CUGCUCAAAUUAAUUACCAGCAUGCAUGAUCCAAUCUCAACGCACAGCUAGCAUCAUGUGACAUGUAUAAAAUGGUACCCAUAACCUGCAAAUAUUUUCCAUUCAAAAGCAUCAGUACAUUUUGUGAGAUCUUCACAUAAAGAUCGAUUUGAUCAAAACUUAAGUACGCAGCAGCUAGCAAUGGCAAGGAGGCAACGAUCUGGGGAAGUUACUACUGCCGUUCCACGACAAUAUUCCCGUCUCGUAUACGAGGAUUUUCAACCAAUAUCAGAACGGAAGGAAGAAGCAGCAGAAAAUAUUAUAAUUAUCCAUCUUCCUGGUUUCACGAAGGAGAGAAUAAAAGUCGCAUACGUGAACUGCUCUCGUACGGUAACGGCUCGAGGAGAGCGACCGGUGGUAAAUGAUAGAUGGAGCCGUUUCAAUCAAAGUUUUCCAGUUCCAGAGAAUUGCAACACCGAUAAGAUUCGCGCCAAGUUUCAGCAUGGGGCUCUCUCCAUUACAAUCCCCAAGAAGAUCGUAGCAACAGUUGGCCCUGCUGAAAAGUCUGUUUCCCAAUCAAAGAAUACUCAAAAGGUUCAAGAGGAGAUUAUUCCUACUUCUAUGCCCGCUUCAACUUCUGGGGUUGAGAAAAGGAGGAGGCCGGAGGAGAUAGCUCAGCCUCGGAGUCUUAAGAGGGUUGCCACCGAGCGAAAGGUGGAGAAGGGUAGGGAAGACAUCCCUCCAAAAGCAACGUCUUCAAGUGCCAUAGACGAAAGAAAAUGGGUUGUGAAGACUAAUCAAUCUCGGAGCCCUCCGGAAGCAACUACCGAUCCUAACGCACAAAAGGGUCAAGAAUACUUAGCUCCGCCAAAGGCUACAGCUCCAACCUCAGAUACCAGAAACGUAACGGGCAAAGCGAGUAUGGCGUCGAGCGCUGUGAAGGUUGAUCGCCAAAAGUCCAUUGGAAAGAAAGAUGAUGAUAGAAAUCGGAAGGCAAAAGAAACAGAAGAAUCUGAUCAGAAAUAUGCGGAAAAGAAAAUGGUCAUUAAUGGAAAGGAAAGUGGCGAGAAAAGCACAGACAGCUUUGUGAAGCACGAAAUUAGCAGUACAGCGCCAAAGAUUUCAGAGAACAGAGAUCAGGAAAAGAAAGUGAGAUCUUCUGGCGGUAAGGUGGAAGAGGAGAUGAUCGGUAAGGAGGCCGAUUUAAAAGCUGAGAAAGGGAUUGUGAGAAUAAAAACUGUGAUGGAUUCUGCUAAGCAGAGAGUGAAUAGUCUAGCAAAGAGGAUGAAAAAUGAAGACAAGAGGCAGAGUCUGGUAAAUAUCGGUGCAGCAGUGCUCGUGAUUUUGGCACUUGGAGUUGGAGCUUAUCUCUCCUACAGCUAUCGCUCCAGAUCUGGAAUAUAA